AUGGAGUACCGAAGUGAGCCGAAACCGGACGUUGAAUCCCCCCGACAGGGCAGCAACAUGAUGGCACCCCAGGAAAACGACACCGGAUCCUCUUUUCUUGAAGGGGAGAGCGAAAAGCAGCUGCUCUGGAAAAUCGAUAUACAUAUUUUACCGAUGGUUGUACUUCUCUAUUUGUUUAGCUUUUUAGAUAGAGUGAACAUCGGCAACGCUCGACUGUAUGGUCUAGAGGACGACUUAGGCCUGGUUGGCAACCAGUACCAGGUCGCUGUGUCUAUCUUAUUCGUAACCUACUGUCUAUUUGAAGUACCAUCGAACCUUGUCCUCAAGAAACUUCGGCCGUCACGCUACAUUGCAUCGAUUUCGGUGAUUUGGGGUAUCAUAGCGACCCUAACAGGGAUCACCCAGAAUUAUGGAGGGCUGAUCGCAUGCCGUCUCCUCCUAGGUGUUGUGGAAGCCGGGUUAUUCCCCGGGCUUAUAACCUAUCUCACCUUAUUUUAUAGCAAGCGUGAACUUGCUCUCCGGACCGGAUAUCUUUUUAGCAGUGCAGCAGCAGCAGGCGCGUUCGGUGGGCUCCUGGCAUAUGCAAUUGGAUUCAUGGAUGGGAUUAGCGGACUUCGAGGCUGGCGGUGGAUCCUGAUACUGGAAGGUAUCCCAACCGUGCUCCUAGGAGUGGUGGCGUGGUUUGUUCUCGCCGAUGAUCCUGACACAGCUUAUUACUUGAACGAAGAAGAAAAGGCCCUCGUGGUCCGCCGGCGGAUGCGCUACGUGGGUCAAACGGCAUCUGCGCAGAAGUUCCACUGGGCGGAUGUCAAAGAGGGCGCACUUGACUGGAGGAUCUGGGCGUUUUCCAUCGCUCAAUUCGGUAUCGAUACCAUGCUUUAUGGCUAUAGUACUUUCCUUCCCACUAUCAUCAAGGGCAUGGGUUCAUGGUCGACGCCCGAGGUGCAGGCACUAACCAUUCCAUGUUAUGCGCUUGGGGCCCUGGCCUAUUUGGUGAUCGCUUGGGUCAGUGACCGAACUCAGCGCCGUGGUCUGUUCAUUUGUAUUUUUUGCGCAAUUUCCGUCGUCGGUUACGGAAUCCUGAUUUCUGAUACAUCCUCCGGGGUGCAUUACUUCGGCGCAUUGCUGAUCGCCCUGGGGCUGUAUGUGGCGGUCGGGUUGCCACUCGCAUGGCUUCCUACUACGCUCCCUCGCUAUGGCAAGCGUACCUUUGCCACAGGUUUGCAACUCACGUUUGGCAACAUCAGCGGUGUUAUGUCACCGUUCUUGUACAAAAAUAACGAAGCGCCUCGGUAUGUCCGAGGAAAUGCCGUGACAUUAGGCCUUGUGGGGUUUGCAGGAAUAGUGUAUGGACUCAUGUGGUUCUACUACCGCCAGAAGAACAUUCGCAGAGUCCAAGGCCUUGAAGACGAGAAGGUUGCUGGGAUGACCGACGAAGAGAUUGAGGAGCUGGGAGAUAAAAGUCCCCGAUUUAUUUAUAGUACGUGA